AUGCCUCCUCGUGCCAUCGCCAGUCCUAAGAAGAAACGAUCUGGCAAGCGCAAAGGAUCCGAUGCUUCAAAGGCCAGCUUGCCAAAGAAGUCUCAGGCUGCAGACAUUGCUGAGGUACCCAGCACGGUACCCCUCGUGUCCCUUGGCCUGACUGGAGCAGAAGCGGAACAAAAUGCUCCCCGGCGUUCUGGUCGCCCUAACACAGGAACUGGAGGUAGGAAUGCACAACUGGAGAAGAUUGGAUCAGUAUUGCAAUCCAAGCCUCGGACUCAAGAAUGUAAGGGUACAAUGUCCCUUGGUCUCAAUGUUCCAGUCAAUCCUCAAGCCCCAGAACCGCGUCGUAGAGGUCGAAAGAAUCAUUCAAAGGCAGUUCCUCCACCCUACAGCUCACUUGUUAGGGAUGCUCCAGAUGCCCCAGCCAAGGACAUUAUCGCCACAGGGCCCAGCUUUACAUCCCAGCAACCUGGUGGAAGGUUUGGAUUUGUUGCUCCAACAGAAAUAGCUCAUUCCAGUACUGCCCAGCCCAAUAUUCAGGCAUUGCACAACCCGCAUAACGCUGUCUCUGAAUAUCCAGUGGUUUUGCCAAGGUCUGUCUUUCGGGAGGAGAAUUUAGAUCCAGCCCUACGUCAGCAUGAUGACACUGUUAGGGCUCAGCGUCGUCUGACGUCGUUUGAAUCUGAUGACAGUGACUCUAAAGACUGUAGCAGUGAUGACAGCAAUGAUAGCAAUGAUAAAGAUGCUGAUGAAGAGGACAGCGGAGAGGAUGACGAGGAGGAGGGGGGAAAUGAUGAUACGGUCAAGAGCUCACAGCAGUUUGGUUGGGGGGAGGCUGGCCGAUGCCAGAAAGAACACCCAGGGUUUGUGGAGGAUGUACCACCUUUGCAAUCUCCAGUCGCUCGCCCUCUCACACCUGAAAUUCAGUUCCAGUACUCACGCGAUGAAGAUGAUGUAGUUGCCCAGACGAGCCUUGAUAAAACCUCGCAGAACGAAAGCUCUCAGGACCCUCUGGAUAUCUCACCAGGACCGCGGCGGCAAGCAUCCCAACACAUUGAGACCAUCACCUCGAAGCCUGAGGAUGUACUACAACGCCACCAUAAGAAAAAUGGAAAGCCCCGUCUUCCUGAUCCUGAAUCCCUCGAACUGCUGAAUCAAGUGUCCGAGUGUGAUGUUCAGCCAUUGAAAAACAAAAAGUCUAGGUCAUCGCGUGGUGGGCCAACACCUGAUCAAUUAUCUUGGUACGGACCACACUGGAAAAGUUUUUUGGAGGACGCCAAAGUAGAAUGUCGUGCACAACAUGCCCUGGAGAACCCGUUUCCAACUUUGGUGAAGAAUCUUCCAGGAACAAUCACUGAAGUUGUCAUUGCAGUAUUGGUUGUGUGGGAUACGAAUGGUAAACAAUUUGAAGCUGGGGUUUGGCCAGAACAAAAAUUUAAUAUGACUCGGUUGCUGUAUGACGAUCUUUCGACUUGGCGAUCUGACUUGAAGAAAACAGCCAUAAGCAUUGCACCAGUAUCAUAUUCGCUUAUUCCUCCGCUUUCUGUCCCCGUUCAGGAACGUGCUGCUUGGGUCGAGCACACUGCUGCUGAAUUGAUCAAGGAAGCAUUCUUCUUACACUUUGGGGUGGAUGAUCAGGGGAGAACACGAAACUUCGCUCAUCCCGCCCUUCGUGAAGCUGUCAUCACAUUCUUUUACACAGGACCAUAUCGAAUUGCACGAAGGAUGCCGGAGACCUUUAGCACGGAAUUGCCACUCUCAUGUUUGGCUUUGGUUGCUGCGGCAUUCAAUUGUGUCUUCGAUGGUCUUGUGAAAAACGGACAUGGGAAGUCAUACCUAAACUUUUCCACCAAGGACUACGGCCCUGUCUAUUGUCGGAUGCUCAAAUUGCUCAAACAUAUCCUUGAGGAUGUGUAUCAUGGGCCUAGGCUGUCAGCUCAACUGCGAGAAUGGGCUGCAGCAGGAUGGGCUGCAGCUAUGAAUCUCGAAGGAGUUGUUAAUGCCAGACACGACCACCUGCAGAUUCUUCUUGACUAA